UGAGCGAACCGGAAAGGAAACCCCUUUUGAUGAAAGAAAGAGAACAAAACAUACACUCACACACAGAGGCAUUAAUAAUUCCUUCAAAGGAAGUGGGGUUUUAUUUCCACAGCCAUUUUAGAGUCUGUUUCUACAGGUUUCCUAUUGCUUGCUUGCUUGUUUGCUGUCCCCUACUUCCCAAAUGAGAAGGAUCUCACAGAUGGGUCCUCUCAUUUUUGUAUACUAAAUUCAAGCAAUCGAAGUGUAGUCACAGAAUUGCAGGGGAUCAGUGCUCCAGGGUGGGUGGAGUUCCCGUUGUAGUGUGGGUUUUGGAGCGAUGGCAGGCUCCGGAGGGGAUGAGGAAGAUGAUGUUGCCGCACGGCGGGCUCGUGCUUUGUACACCGGCGUUGUGAUGUCCAUCACGCCGCUUUUGCACCUCAGCUUGCAGUUUCGCCGUUUGCAAGGCCACAGCCAGUACUGCAUGUGGCUUGAGCGAUUGGGCUACCCGUCUCGAAAGCGUCCGUCGGGGCUGCUGAUCUGGUUUCACGCCGUCUCUGUGGGAGAAGGGAUAUCGGCGAUCCCCGUUAUUUUGCACUGUCGAGACGCUCGUCCGUCCAUCACAAUACUAAUGACCACCUCUACUGCUGCAGCUCACUCGGUCUUGGAGCAGCGUCUUCCACCGGAAGUGAUUUUACAGUUUGCACCAGUGGAUACACCGACUGCUGUAGAAAGAUUCUUGCUUCACUGGGCUCCCCAAGCAGCUAUUUUCAUGGAGAGUGAAUUGUGGCCAACUCUCAUCCUUCAAUCUGCUGUUAAGGGUAUUCCUUUGGCCAUCCUCAACGCACGUAUGUCAUUAAAGUCAUUUGAGCGAUGGUCAGCAUCACCUAUGAAACCUCUUGUUGCAUCCAUGCUCUCACGGUUCUCACUCAUAGCCCCGCUGAGCAACAAAGAGGCUGUUCGCUACCAGAUUUUGGGAGCAGCUCCUUCUGUCAUUCACUUUCUGGGGAACCUGAAGUACGCCUGUGCACUGGGGGAUUCUAAGAAGGAACGUAGCGUUGGAAUGACAGACAUUGAGGCGCAACUUGUUGAUCGUAAAGUUUGGCUCGCUGCGUCUACUCACGCAGAAGAAGAAGAAGCAAUAAUCAGAAUCCACAAAGAGCUGAAUAAGUCGGUUUCUCAUCUGCUGACCAUUAUUGCCCCGAGGCAGCCUAGUCGUGGACAACACAUAAUGAUUAAAUUGCAGCGACAAGGGUUCAAUGUUGCAGUGCGUUCUGAUGGGCAGAGAAUAUCGGGAAGUACCGAUGUGUAUCUGGUAGAUAUAUUAGGUGAACUCAAUCAUUUUUAUGCAAUUGUCCCAAUCGCAUUUGUGGGAGGCUCUCUUUUUCAAGGUUUAGCAGGCCACAAUAUUGCUGAAGCUGCCGCUGCAGGGUGUAUUGUUCUGACAGGGCAUCAUGUUGGCCACUUUCAGGAGAUGGUGUGGGAGAUGCAGAAAAUGUCACCCUUCUCUGUGAUACAAGUUAAUGAGGACGGUUUAGUGAAUACUCUCCGCAAAUUUCUCACAGACGAGGCCUGUCUAGCUGAGAGGAGGGUGGCUGCAGAGCGUGCAAUUAGUGCUGGAGCUAGUGGCGUUGUCACUCGAGUGUGGGAAUCACUAGAAUCGUAUAUACUUAAGAAAGCACUUGUCUAAGAAACUUAUUCCUCACUUCAGUUUUAGUUUUUUUUUACCCAUUAUAUCUUUUGUCCCGUAUCUUUAUCAUCAAAUUUCCUGUAUUUUAGAUGCAAAUGAAACUCUCUGGGUCGACAAACUUGCCUUGCAUGAUUUUUGCAGAGAGGUGGUGUAAAUUUUUGCAGAGAGUAUGGCAUAUAGUUGUACCUUCUGAUCCACAUCCUCCCAACGUGUCAAAGGGGUAAAUUAGUUAACAAUUCUGGGAACUCCUAAGGUGAAUGUAUGUAUAUAUAUAUAUAUAUAUAUAUAAAUGUUCUACCCUUCCUUGAGUAUU